AUAUCUUGGCUCUCCAAACCACGACUCCCAAAAUUUCCCUAAUGAGACUCCUGAGCUUAGAUCAUGAGCAAAAAAUGAGAUGAUGUGUCAUGAGCUUGAACCAUGGGCUUUGACGCCUUUUUGUGUAAAUAUGGGCUCUCUUAGGCUUUAAAAGAGGUUUUUCCAAAAUCCAUGAUAAUGUUGACAAGGUGCAGGUCACCAAUAAAAUGAAGUCAUGUGGUGUGAAAAAUUUGUCCUCAACAGCUUUCAAAAGUUUUGAUUAAUUUUUUUUUCCAGUGAACAAAAUUUUAUAUAAUCCAAUCCCAUAAAUUUUUAUUUGAUACCAAUCCCAUAGAAUUUUUAGCUGUUAGCCUGUUUAGUUGUUACAUUUUAAUUCUUUAAAAUUUAGAUUAAAAUGAAAUUGUUAAAAGGAUAGUACUUAUUUAGACAUUUUCAGCCUAUUCUCUUUCAUUCAGAGACACAGAAACCCCCUCCUCUCUCAACGUCUCUCUCGCUGCUUUCCCUGGCGGUGUCUCCACAGUAUCGCGAACCCUGCCCACCGACUUGCCGGUUUCGCAAAGCUCGCACCACAGCCCACAGCAGAACACACUUCUCUCUCAUAUGAAGUAUAUAUACAGAUCGAUAAUGGUUCUCAUUCAAAAAUAGUUGGCAAAUAAUUGAGACAUGGUGACCUGAGCAGAUCAUCUUGUUUUAGGGUAUUUUCUUUCACUCAGCAUAGACUGGGUAAGGCUCAGUUUUUCUCAAAAGAACUAUCAUAUUUGUCACUCUAAUUGGCCAGCAUAGACAAGGCAGCGACAUAGCUUUCGUGUGAACAUGGGUGACCCUUCCAACGGAUCUGCCUUGUCCUUUUUCUCUGACAAAUCAGCAAAGAUCUUUGUAGCAGGCCACCGCGGGCUUGUGGGAUCCGCCAUAGUCCGCAAGCUUCACCACCUGGGCUUCACAAACCUUGUCCUUCGCACCCAUUUGGAACUCGACCUCACCCGCCAAAAUGACGUCGAAUCCUUCUUUGCCACCGAGAAGCCUCGAUUUGUCAUCCUAGCAGCUGCCAAAGUUGGUGGCAUCCAUGCCAACAACACGUACCCGGCCGACUUCAUCAGCAUUAACCUCCAGAUCCAAACCAACGUCAUUGAAUCCUCUUACCGCCAUGGCGUCUCCAAGCUCCUUUUCCUUGGCUCCUCUUGCAUUUACCCCAAAUUUGCACCCCAACCUAUCCCUGAAGAUGCGCUCUUAACUGGCCCAUUAGAGCCCACCAACGAGUGGUAUGCUGUGGCUAAGAUCGCUGGCAUCAAAAUGUGCCAAGCCUAUCGUAUUCAAUACAAUUGGGAUGCGAUUUCGGGUAUGCCCACCAAUCUGUAUGGCCCUAAUGACAAUUUCCACCCUGAGAACUCCCAUGUCUUGCCUGCAUUAAUGAGGAGGUUUCACGAGGCGAAGGUGAAAGGUUCGAAGGAGGUGGUGGUGUGGGGGACUGGGAGUCCCUUGAGGGAGUUCCUCCAUGUGGAUGAUCUGGCUGAUGCAGUGGUGUUCAUGAUGGAGAGCUACAGUGGCUUAGGGCACAUGAAUGUCGGGAGUGGGAAGGAGGUCAGUAUCAAAGAGUUGGCUGAGCUGGUGAAGGAUGUGGUGGGGUUUGAGGGGAAGCUUGUUUGGGACAAGUCCAAGCCUGAUGGGACUCCUAGGAAGCUCAUGGAUAGCUCAAAGCUUGCUGCAUUGGGUUGGACCCCUAAAAUUUCGCUUAGGGAUGGCCUUAUUGAUACCUAUAAGUGGUACUUGCAGAAUGUGGAGCAGUGAUUUCAGGUGAUUUAAGCUGAAUGUGAUUUCAGUAUUGACUAUUUGUUGUUGUUAUGCCAUUGUUAUUUAUCUUUCUUAGAUAAUGUAUACACACACUAUACAUGUGGGGAUUAUGGAUAUUCGAUUUUGUACCAAUAAUGUGGGAUAAGUAAUUAAGAUGCUUUGUUACUUAAGAUUCAUCUCUAGAGGGUUACUGUUACUAUGAGAACUGAGUGAGCCGCAGAGCUAUUGUUGUGAACUUUGCAAAAAGUGCUAUUUAGUAUUAGUGAAAUUGAUACUGGACUGAGUUUGUGGAUUAUAGUUAUGGUUUCACUAUUGUUCGAU